AUGGAACUCCACGAGAAAGUUGAUCACAUAACAAUGGAAAUUGUUUUUCAUGCAUUUUUCAUCAUCAAUGAGGAUCAUUUUGUGACUUUAGCGACUAUCGAAUGGUUUGGAAACGUCUGCAAUCAAGCACAACUUACUAGAGUCAAUAAAUUCAAUAAAAUAACCAAAAAAUGGACAAAAAAACUUCAAAAUUAUGAAAAAUUCACAAAGUUUCAUGGCUGUGAGCUCUUUUUUCAACUUCCAGUGAAACAUUUUGGAUUCUUCUUUUGGGGACAUGCAAUUCCUAACCGUAACUACACAAGCUUUGAAACAUUUGGCUUGACACCUCAAAUAUUUGAGAUUUUAUCAAAAAAGUAUGAUUUUAAGCCAAAAUAUUCAUUAUGUUAUGUAAAGGAUGCAGUCUGGUUUUACACUUUUGAUAAUUUACAUACAGUUCCAUUCCACAUCAAUAGCUCCUAUACAAAUCCAACUAUGUCAUUUUAUGUUCAAGGACUAACGGACAUUCUAUUUGGUACAAUUAGUGUCUCUAAUCUUAUUUUAGAUGUUAAAUUUACUAUUUACACGACCCCCGCUGAUGUGUACACGCCAUAUGAGAAGCUUCUACUUCCAUUUGACACUGAAACGUGGAUUUUACUAUUUGUGACAUUUGUAGUGACUAUUUUGUCGAUUUUUAUCAUCAAUCGAUUGUCAAAAGGAACCCAAAAUAUUGUUUAUGGAAAGCGUGUCGAGAAUCCAAUUUGGAAUGUCAUUAGCAUCUUUUUUGGAAUAUCACAGACAAAGUUACCAACAACAAGCUUUCCGCGCUUCAUUUUGAUACUUUUCAUAGUCUUUUGUUUGAUCUUUCGAACAUGUUUUCAGAGUAAAUCUUAUGAAUUUAUGACAACUAAACCACGGAGAGCACCGCCAAAAACACAACAAGAUUUAAUUGAUAUGAAUUAUGAAAUGGUUACAGUAUUUUCUAGGAACGGUGAUGAAGAGGCUGAACCUUUAAUUUAUUCUUUGAUAAAGGAUGAAAAAGAAAGCAUACUGUUUUGUGUGAUUGCACCUGAAUCAAGACUGUUUUGUGUGAGUACAUCUGAAUCAAGACUGAUUUGUGUGAAUGCACCUGAAUUAAGACUGUUUUGUGUGAAUACACCUAAAUCAACACUGAUUUGUGUGAAUGCAUCUGAAUCAAGACUGUUUUGUGUGAAUGCACCUGAAUCAAGACUGAUUUGUGUGAAUGCACCUGAAUCAAGACUGUUUUGUGUGAAUGCACCUGAAUUAAGACUGUUUUGUGUGAAUGCACCUAAAUCAAAACUGUUUUGUGUAAAUGCACCUGAGUCAAGACUGUUUUGUGUGAAUGCACCAGAAUCAAGAAUGUUUUGUGUGAGUGCACCUGAAUCAAAACUUUUUUAUGUGUAUGUACCUGAACCAAAAAUUUUCUGUGUGAAUGCACUUGAAUUAAGACUGUUUUGUGUGAAUGCACCUGAAUCAAAAAUUUUUUAUGUGAAUGCACCUGAAUCAAGUCUGUUUUGUGUGAUUGCACCUGAAUCAAGACUGAUUUGUGUGAAUGCACCUGAAUCAAGACUGAUUUGUGUGAAUGCACCUGAAUUAAGACUGUUUUGUGUGAAUACACCUAAAUCAACACUGAUUUGUGUGAAUGCAUCUGAAUCAAGACUGUUUUGUGUGAAAGCACCUGAAUCAAGACUGUUUUGUGUGAAUGCACCUGAAUCAAGACUGUUUUGUGUGAAUGCACCUGAAUUAAGACUGUUUUGUGUGAAUGCACCUGAAUCAAGACUGUUUUGUGUGAAUGCACCUGAAUUAAGACUGUUUUGUGUGAAUGCACCUGAAUCAAGCCUGUUUUGUGUAAAUGCACCUGAGUCAAGACUUUUUUGUGUGAAUGCACCAGAAUCAAGAAUUUUUUGUGUGAGUGCACCUGAAUCAAAACUUUUUUAUGUGCCUCCUAUAAAAGUAGUCGACAGUAAUGAAAUGAACUCAAUUAUUCAUACGCAAUCGCAAAAUUCAACAGCCAAAAUCUCCUUAAUUGUAGAUGACUUCACGAGACUGAAUAUAGAAGUGUACGGUGAAAAUAACUGGAAUAAAUUUAGUAAGGCUUUUUUUGUUGAUCACGUUGCAAUUGGAUAUCGUCAAACUGCAUUUUAUGCGAGAAUACUUAAAGAUACUGUUAAUAGACUUGUUGAAACGGGCGUGGUUAAAUACUUAAUUCAAACUAAUAUAUUCUACUAUGAAUUAUAUAAGACAACUGAAUUAGGUCCCGAGAUGUUAAGCUUAAAUGACUUAUCAUUCGGUUUUAAUAUUUUUUUGGGAUUUUGUGGCAUCUCUGGGCUUGCAUUUGUAAUGGAGUUGAUUUUGGCGAUAAGAUAUAUUCACAAAUCAAAUUGUUUUAGAAGAAAAUCAGAAUUAAGGAAAAUUAAUGAAAAUAUUGUGGAUUUAAAUGCUCAAGCUCUUCAAGACAUUGCUGACACAUUCUUAGUUAAACAGAAUUUACCAUUCAAUGUAAUCAUCUUCACGCCAUUUUCUGACAAUUUAUCAAUUAUUUUGACAAGUUUUCUAUCAAAAUCACAAGAAUCUUUUAGCUAUAAUUUGGAAUUCUUCCCUGGCAUACCACAACCUAGAUUUUUAAAACGUCCAGCGAUUAUUUUUGUUGAAUCUGUUGACAUUUUGACUCAAUAUCUUAACGCUGUUGGAUUCAUCCGCUAUGGUAAUAAUCCAAUCUUGUUUUUCAUUUUUAUCGCAAAUUCAACAUUUUUUGAUAUUGAAAAUAGUAAAAUUGUUAAAAACUUUCCUAAAAUAUCGAAACUUACGGCAUCAAUUUUCUAUCACGCAUUCUUUAUCAUCAUUGAGGAUCAUUUUGUGACUUUAGCUACUGUUGAGUGGUUUGGAAACGUCUGCAAUCAACCACAACUUACAAGAGUCAAUACAUUCAACAAAAUAACCAAAAAAUGGACAAAAAAGCUUCAAAAUUAUGAAAAAUUUAUGAAUUUUCAAGGCUGUCAACUGGUUAAAAUGCUUCCAAUGAACUAUCAAAGCCACAAUAAUGACUUUUAUUGGGGAUAUGCAGCCAAAAAGCACAAUUUUACAGCUGUUUAUCAACCAACAAAAAUAGCCGACAUGAAAUGGCUUGAAACUUUCAAUCCAGAAACAAUUACAUAUUUAGCUGUCAACAACACAUUCAAUGAGCCAAAUGUUGUCUACUUUGUAUAUAGCGCUAGUGAUUUGAGUCACCAAACAAUUCGAAUGACAAAUACUUUUGAGGAGGUCAGAUAUUUAGUGAUUACAACUCCAGCAGAUGCAUAUACAGCUUAUGAGAAGCUCUUACUUCCAUUUGACUAUGAGACGUGGAUUCUAUUGCUUGUGACCUUCAUACUGACUAUUUUGUCAAUUCUGAUCAUCAACAGACUAUCCAAGUCAUCGCAGAACAUUGUUUAUGGCAAGCAAGUUGAAAAUCCAAUGUGGAAUGUCAUUAGCAUCUUUUUUGGAAUAUCACAGACCAAAUUACCAACCGAGAAUUUUUCACGCUUCAUUUUGACACUUUUUAUUGUCUUUUGCUUGAUUUUUAGGACAUGUUUUCAGAGCAAGUCUUUCGAGUUCAUGACCAGUGAGCCGAGACGGGCUCCACCAAAGACUCCACAAGAUUUGAUUGACAUGAGUUACUCAAUAAUGGUCUUUAAUGUCCCGGAAAGUUCGAAGACUGCAACAUCAUUGGUUUAUAAUUUGGUUAUGGAUGAGAAGGAUAAAUGGCCUUCAGUUAAACCGUUAAAAUACAACGAGGAUGAUCAGCUAGUCCAAACCCAAUCACAAAAUUCAUCAGCUAAAAUUGCACUUAUUGUCGAUGAUAUUAUGACAACAUUUUAUGACACCCAGAACAUUGGACAGAACCCAUGGAACCAACUUGAUGAUAGAUUCUUUUCAACAAAUAUUGGAAUCGCUACACAACAUUCGUCAUUUUACUUCAGAAUGAUAAAAGAUACAGUCGAUAAGCUUACAGACACGGGAAUUACUACACAUUUAAUCAAGACUCGUGUCCUUGUUCGAAGAAAAUAUCCAAAAGAUGAGUCAGAACCGAUGAUAUUAAGGAUUGAUGAUCUUCUAUUUGGUUUUAACAUUUUUCUAGGAUUUUGCAUUAUUUCUGGAUUAAUUUUUGUUGUUGAGUUGAUUUUGGGGGUUAAAUGUUGUAGGAAAAAUUUAAGUUUGGAGAUUUUAUGUCGCAAAUUGAAGAGCAAGAAAGUAAAAUAUGCAAAAAUUCAUCCAAUGUCCUCAAUUGAAGGUUUGAUUUUUAGUCGACAUCGACGUAGUGUUGUUGAUGUGCUUAGACAAUUUAAAAUUAAGAAGAAACAUUUGGUCAAAUCUCAAGGGUCCCAAGGGGAUAACAACAUAAUGAGUCCCAAUUUGAGUCAGCUAAAGCCUCUGGAUCUUCAAUAA